GUAAGUAAAUUAGCUCAAAUCAAUCAAAGCAAAAGCAUUAAAGAAGGGAGAGAGGUCGGUGGAGGAGUAGGAGGGAUUGAAUACAAAAGAUACCACCCGAGUGAGUGACGAGAACGUGAACCCAUAUAAUAGUUCCAAACAAGGAAGGAGACUUUCUUCUUCUUCUUCUUCUUCUUCGUGUAGUGAGAUGUCUCAGAGAUGGAGCAGGAAGAAGAGUCGGCUUCCACUAGCUGGACUACUCUUCAUGCUCGCACUCGCCGUCACGUUUAUGGUUCUCUACAACGAGCGUAGCAUCCAGCAGAUCCACCACAAUACUACUACUCGCGAGCAAGAUCUCCGACAAACUUCCACCUUUACUUCUUUCGUCCAUCCCAAUCUUCCUCCUCCCAGUGAUCUCGAGGUUUUGGAUAGAUUCAGCCGAUGCAACUCCACGAAUGAAUACAGUGGCAAGAAGAUAGGAUGGGUUGACCAUAAGGCUGCUCAAGUAUCUGACUUUUUUGCCACUGCAAAGGAGGACAACAUUUGCGAUGUCUUCUCUGGAAAAUGGAUCUUCGAUAAUUCUUCUUCCUACCCACUACACAAAGAAUCUGACUGUCCUUACAUGUCUGACCAGCUAGCUUGUCAGAAGCAUGGCAGGCCUGAUUUAGAGUAUCAACACUGGAGAUGGCAACCUCAUCCCCCCUGCAACUUGAAGACGUGGAAUGUGACCGAGAUGUGGGAGAUGCUGAGGGGAAAGAGAUUGAUGUUUGUUGGAGAUUCUUUAAACAGAGGUCAAUGGAUCUCUAUGGUCUGUCUCUUACAGUCUGUUAUCCCGCGUGACAAGCAAUCCAUGUCUCCUAACGCUCACCUCACCAUCUUCAGGGCUGAGGAUUACAAUGCCACGGUGGAAUUUCUGUGGGCUCCAUUGCUCGUGGAAUCCAACUCUGAUGACCCGGUCAAUCACAGGCUGGAUGAACGGAUUAUCCGACCAGAUUCAGUUCUCAAACAUGCAUCAAAGUGGCAACAUGCUGAUAUCUUAAUCUUCAACACAUACUUGUGGUGGAGGCAAGGCCCUGUCAAGAUCCAAUGGAGCAGCGAAGAAAAAGGAUCGUGCGAGGAGGUGAGUGGCGCGGAGGGAAUGGAAAUGGCAAUGAAUGCGUGGGCUCAUUGGAUUUCCAAGAAUGUCGAUCCAAACACUAAGCGGGUCUUCUUCGUUACAAUGUCUCCUACACAUCAAUGGAGCCGAGAGUGGAACCCAGGAAGCGAGGGAAACUGCUACGGGGAGAAGAAGCCAAUAGAGGAAGAGAGUUACUGGGGUAGUGGGUCUGAUAUUCCCACAAUGAGGAUGGUGGAAAGAGUGUUGAGGAGAUUGGGACCAAAGGUCUCAGUCAUCAACAUCACACAGUUGUCUGAGUAUCGUAAAGAUGGUCAUCCCUCUGUCUACCGGAAAUUCUGGGAACCUCUGAACGAUGACAGGUUGAAAAAUCCUGCGUCUUAUUCGGAUUGCAUUCAUUGGUGUGUACCUGGUGUUCCUGAUGUCUGGAAUCAAUUGCUUUUCCAUUUUUUGUGAUCAUUACAAAUUCCUCCCCUUGCGAGCUAUUCUUUUUUUUUUUUGGUCUUAGUGAUGUGUUUUCGUUUUCUAAAACACACAAUCUUUCGCUUCCGGAUUAUGUAAUUUGUAGCAGUCAAGCUUCAGAGUAUACAUUGUGUUUUGACAA